AAGAAGUUUCCACAGAUUUUACAGACUCCAAUUUUUGAGAAAUUAUUUCUUACCCUGUCGAUGUCGGGUCAAUCGCCGCCGGAGAUCUCAUCUUCAGGAGCGGAAGCAGAAGCCUUGAAAGCAUAUCAGCAACUAGCAAAGCACUUGGGUCCAUAUCUGCAAAAAUCAAAGGAUUUGGGAUUCAGUUCCAUCAACGACUCUAUGAACACCGUAGUAGAAACAGACGAAAACGCAUUUCUCGGAAUGCACAAGCACGGAGGCGGGACGUCUCUCCAUGCUGCGGCGGGGAAAGGCGAAGUCGAUAUUAUGAAGAAAACCCUCGAUGCAAGCCCUGAGUCAGUGAAAUCGGUGACCAAAACAGGCGAGAAUUGUCUUCACUCCGCCGUUUUGAAUAAUCAAGUAGUUGCGGUGCGGUUCUUAGUGGAUUGGCUUGCCAGAAACAGAGACUACGCCCAUCUAAUUAACGACAGGGAUUACAAAGGAAAUACACCUUUUCAUCUUGCCGUUUCAAGAAAACAAAUCCAGACUUUAGAAGCUUUACUCACUUGCAAUGUGGUUGAUGUGAAUGCCACGAAUUGUGGCGGUUUCACCGCUCUGGACAUCCUAAGUGUCCUUCCAUAUACUGGGAAGAUUGAUGUGAAAAUUGACAAGAUCCUCUGUCAAGCUGGAGCCUUGAGAGCCAGAGAUCUUGCCAAUCGUGAUACCAAUAGCUGUGCUGAUCAUGGUUACAAAAUAAAGUGGUUUAAGAUGUUGUUGCUGCUGAUGGCCACCCUGGUAAUGACAAUAACCUACCGAUCUGCUUCUAUCACCGCUGGUAUCACUUUCAACGAGGGAGGUGGCAACCUCAACGUACAAAAGUGGAUCAUAACUCAAUUCAUGUUUUUCAACACCAUGGGGUUCGUUGGGUCAUUGGCAGUGGCUAUCUUCAUCAUACAGAAAUUAUCGACACUGCUUGAUGUUAUGUUGUUGCUGAUGGCUACCCUGGUAAUGACAACAGCCUGCCAACCUGCUUUCAUCGCCUCUGGUAUCACUUUCAACGAGGGAGGUGGCAACCUCAAGGUACAAGAGUGGAUCAUAACUCAAUUCAUGUUUUUCAACACCAUGGGGUUCGUUGGGUCAUUGGCAAUGGCUAUCUUCUUCAUACAGAAAUUAUCGACACUGCUUGAUGUAGUCAGGGACGUGCAUGGAUAAUUAGGUCAUAUUAGAGGACCCCAUAUUCAGUUUCACUAGUAUAGUAAGUGGAAUUUGUCUUCUUUUGUUAAGAAGAUACUAAAAUUAUGUAUUAUAAUAAUUACGAGCGCUGGAAUGCUCAAUUCUUCCUAAGAUUAUGUUUUCGGUUAUGUAUUUUGUUACCCACGUGGUCUAGGAUAUGGAUUGCAUUUUGAAUACAAAGCAUUACU